CAACCAGUGAAAGGAAGCGGAAGUGAAUGCUAUUGUAGAUGUAUAUGUUACUAUGCGCCUUAUUUCAACAGAUUAAAAUUAGAUUUGUCCUCAGCGACUAAACGUCUUCUGGGAAAAAUGAUGAUUCACAUAAUGUCUCCCCUGAUGGCUAGUGAUGCUUCUGAUGAUGACAUGCCACUCACUCCACCCUCUCCAGGCAAGACGAAAAAGCAACAAAGCUCACCCGAAUCCUGGCCCCAAGAAGACCUCAGUUCAGAAGCCGUCAAUGCAUCGGAUGGAAAGAAGUCACCAACAAAGCAGAUGGAUGAUCAAGGAAGAACAUAUAGCUAUAUGAGCCCGAUCAGCAGCGAUGUGGAAGACAUUCCAGAAAAGCCUCAAACAAGAGAGUACAGUAAGAAACAGGCCAAGAGGCAUUCCACGAAGAGACCACACCAAGAAAAGUCUCAAAUAAGAGGAAGCACUAAAAAAAUAAAGCAGUGUAGUGAUAUCAGUCCAGCUGAAAGUGAGUCUGAUUUUGAAGAAGCAUCAAAAAACAAAAGGAGUCAGGAAACAAAAGCGAAGAUGUCACCAAAAGACUCAGACCAGGAGUCCGGAAAUUGUGUCACUGGAAAGGCAUGGAUUAGAAAGCAACAAAACAGUAAACAGUCCAAUAGCCAUGUUUUAACAGACAGUGAUUCUGAAACCUCUGUUAAGUUGAGAAAGACAGCACCUAUGUCCAGAAAGACAAAAGAAAAGUGUAUAAUGUUUACAGAAAAGGUUGAGCAAGCAGACUGCGGUUUAUCCGACUGGGACAACAGCAGAGUAAAGAGCGGAAGCAUGUCUGAGGAUGAAGAAACUAAAGAUGCUGCAGAGCAUCAACUAAAAAACAGUACUGAAAAAUUCCAAAGAAGAAGCAAUCACGAAUAUGCAGAUUCUGCAUCCUCAGAUGAUAAAGAGGACGUGGAAGAGAGGCCAAAAAAGCAUCGUGUCAAGGUACCUCAGAAGAGGAAGGAUCGAGAUUUAAAACUGUUACUUAGGAAGUCUGAGGUUCUGGAGAAACCUACUGAGGGGUCACCAAGUAAGCCUCGAGUUAAGAAAAAAGAAGGACAGAGCCCUCACAAAGCCGUUCCCAUCGAGUGCGAAAUAUGCGGUCGCAACAUCCGGUGCAAAGCCAUUCUGGAGAGGCACAUGCUCUCACACACAGGAGAGAAGCCAUUCGAAUGCGAUGUGUGCGGCAAGCACUACACCAGCAGCUCCAACCUGCGCAUCCACCAGCUCAGCCACAGCGGGAAGAUGGAUUACACCUGCAAUUUGUGUGGCCAGAAGUUCACUCACUUGCCAUAUCUGAAGAGACAUCUUUUGAGACACUCGGGGAAAAAGAUGCACAUUUGCGAAUACUGUGGCAAAGGCUUCAUCCAAAAGUACCACCUUUUGCGCCACAUACUGGUACACACGAGGCAAAUGCCGCACGUCUGUGAAAAGUGUGGCAUGAGCUUCAACCGGACAGACUACCUGAAGCAACAUCUGCGCAGCAUCCACCUGAUCGCAAGCAGCACACACAAGACAAAGCCGGAAAAACUAUUCAAGUGCGAGACAUGCGGUAAAUCCUUUGCCAGCCUCACUACCCUGGAAACACACAAACGAGUACACACAGCGGCCAAGCCAUAUUCGUGCAUCGUAUGUUUGCGCCACUUUAAACAAUCGAGUCACCUGUAUUCGCACAUGUUCACGCACUCCAGCGAGAAGCCACAUGCAUGUAAUCUCUGCGAGUUAAAGUUUUCUCGCAAAACCUACCUGCAAAAGCACAAAGAAAAGAUGCAUAGUAGAGACGGAAUGUCCCAAAGUUCUUGACUGUUUCUGCAUUGCCCAUUUAAAAAAAAAAAAACUUUCUGAAUGUUUGUAAUCAUAUUAAACCUGUGUUUGUGAAUUCA